AGAAGUACAAAAAAUUUCGGAUUGGGUAAAAAGUGCAGCACUUUCUAUUGAUUACAAGUUGGAAUGUAUCACAACUGGAUCUUUUGGACGAGGAAGUCCAGUCUGUGAAGAUAUUGAUAUAAUGAUCACAAGGAAUGAUUCUGAUGGAAAGAAUCAUCUUGGUGUUUUAACCAAAUUAAUUGAAAUCUUAAGUAAUCAAGGAUUCUUAACACAUGAAUUAACACGCCAUGAUGGAGAUAGUCUUUUUGCAAAAUUUAUGGGAAUUUGUAAAUUGCCCGAAGAAAUACAUAGACGUUUAGAUUUAUUUACAAUAUCUUAUAAUGAAAUAGGUGCCUCAUUACUUUCGUACACUAGUAAUGAUAUAUUCAAUAGAAAUAUGAGAUUGAUGGCCAGAAAAAGGAAAAUGUGUCUAAAUCAACAUGGAUUAUAUAUGAAUGUUUCGCAUGGAUAA